GUAUCGUGCAGCGCUGAAAUUUGUGCGGCAGUGAAAAAUUUCUUCAAAAUAUUUUUGCAAAACUUUCAAUUUUUCUAUGAAAACUUAAGCGGUUUCGCGUGAAAAGUGUUGCUAAUUACAGUUAAGUGCCGCUGACAGCCAGUGUUGUUGAAAAUUAUUGCGUAACUGUGAAUUUUCACUGUGAAUUCGUGUGAAAAUCGUGCGUGUGCCAGUUUCCUAAGCGCGUGUGUUUGUGUGUGUGCGUCGCUGCCCAGUUGGUUUUUGGUGCAAACAAAACGCUGGCGCUCGAAAGCCUGCCAGAGCAAUUGUGUGUGUACUUACACUUUCGCGUGUUUAACUAAAUCGCAUUUGAUUAAAUAAUGGAGAGCGAAUCAGCGCUGAAUUAGCAAUGAAAUAAUCGAUUACCCAAGUGAUUACAAAGUAAUGCAAAGCGGCCUGUAUGUAAUCAAAGCGCUGGAGUGUCAAAUAUUCAACUAAAGUGAGCAACUAAAAAGGUGAACACGAAAAUACAUUCGCAAUUUCAAUCGACAUCAAAGUGUCACAUUGAGAGUGUAAAAGAGCAGGUCAAGUGCCAACUGCCAACUGCUCGAAUUGUCCAUUAAGAACAAAAGUGGAAAGCAGAGACUAGAAGCAUAAGGAGAUAAAACGAGAUGCACGAAAAACGAAAUUGCCGGAGAAACAAAGAAAUUGAAAGUUGAAAACUUCAACGAAGCACUUUAACGGCAAUUCACAACAAAAACUAAUUGUUGUAUUUGUAGUUGUGUGAAAAAUUUGUCAGAUUUUUUUUUAGUGUGAGCAAUCUGUAUUAAAAGCAGUGUAAAUUGUUGAAAAAAGGUGAAAAACAAGCCAAGAAAGGAGAGUGAGUGUGAGAGGCAAGUCGAAGGACAAACAAACAAAAGUGACAAAGUGAAAUUGCACGGUUGCAACGAAAAUAAUAAAAGCAAAUGAAAAAGUUGCAGAAAACUAAAUAAACUGCAAUGUAAAGAACUUAAACACUGCCGCACACAUACACACUCACCCCUGCGCGUAAGCAGCGUAAAGCAUACAAACAACAAUAAAAGUGAAUAAAGUGACAGCAAAGCUGUUGUAAAAAAAAUAAGUAGAGUGUGUAGCGUGGAAACAUUUGUUGAACAUUGCCAUAUAAUAAUAACAAAAACAACAAGUACCGCCAACCAACCAACGAAGUAGCCUUGCGGCAUACUGAGCAAUGGCAGCAGGUGCAACGCCAACAAAAGCAAUUGCAACAAAUGUUGCUGCUGCAAUCGCGCAAGUGGAGCAACAGCAUCGCCUGCAGGCACAACCACAAAGACAUCAACGGCACCAACCACAAUGGCUGCUGGUUGCCGCCAUCAUAUUGACACUGUUUACCGUGUCCAUUCAGGGCAUUACCGAGGAGCUGUCACCAGAUCAUGUCCGCGAAUUCAACUGUGGCAAAUUAUAUUACCGGACUUUCCAUAUGGAUGAGGUGAAGGACACGCUCUACGUAGGCGCUAUGGAUCGCGUGUUUCGUCUGAAUCUGAAAAAUAUUUCGUCAUCACAAUGCGAUCGCGAUGUUAUUAACUUGGAACCCACACGCGACGAUGUUGUCAGCUGCGUCUCCAAAGGCAAGAGCCAGAUUUUCGAUUGCAAGAAUCACAUACGUGUCAUACAAUCAAUGGAAAACGGCGACAGGCUUUACGUUUGCGGCACAAAUGCACACAAUCCCAAGGAUUAUGUCAUCUACUCCAACCUCACCCAUCUGCCUCGCUCGGAAUAUGUGAUUGGCGUUGGCCAAGGCAUCGCUAAAUGUCCCUACGAUCCACUAGAUAAUUCAACUGCCAUUUAUGUCGAAGAGGGCAAUCCUGGUGAUUUACCUGGUUUGUACUCAGGCACCAAUGCAGAAUUCACAAAAGCAGACACUGUGAUCUUUCGAACGGAUUUAUAUAAUACGACAGCAAAGCGUUUGGAAUAUAAAUUCAAGCGUACACUUAAAUAUGACUCCAAAUGGUUGGACAAACCCAACUUUGUCGGCUCCUUUGACAUUGGCGAGUAUGUGUAUUUCUUCUUCCGCGAAACUGCCGUCGAAUACAUCAAUUGCGGUAAGGCCGUGUACUCACGAAUUGCACGCGUUUGCAAAAAGGACAUUGGUGGUAAAAAUCUGCUCGCACACAAUUGGGCCACCUAUUUGAAGGCGCGUUUGAACUGCAGCAUCUCCGGCGAAUUUCCAUUCUAUUUCAAUGAAAUCCAAUCUGUAUAUCAGCUGCCAACGGAUAAGACACGUUUCUAUGCGACAUUCACGACCAGCACAAAUGGCUUAAUCGGCUCGGCGGUGUGCAGUUUCCACAUCAACGAAGUGCAAGCCGCUUUCAACGGUAAAUUUAAAGAACAAUCCUCAUCCAAUUCAGCUUGGCUGCCAGUUCUAAACUCACGUGUACCCGAACCACGUCCCGGCACCUGUGUGAACGACACCUCAAAUCUCCCAGACACCGUAUUGUACUUUAUACGCUCGCAUCCGCUUAUGGAUAAAGCUGUGAAUCAUGAACACAACAAUCCAGUUUAUUAUAAACGAGAUUUGGUAUUCACUAAGCUGGUUGUUGACAAAAUUCGCAUUGACAUACUCAACCAAGAAUAUACCGUCUACUAUGUGGGCACCAAUUUGGGACGUAUCUAUAAAAUCGUACAGUACUAUCGUAACGGUGAAUCGCUGUCGAAAUUGCUUGACAUCUUCGAUGUGGCACCGAAGGAGGCGAUACAGGUGAUGGGCCUCAGUCAGGCACGUAAAUCGCUCUAUGUUGCCACAGAUCAUCGCAUCAAGCAAAUCGAUUUGGCGAUGUGCAAUCGACGUUAUGACAAUUGCUUCCGUUGUGUGCGUGAUCCCUACUGCGGCUGGGACAAGGAGACGAACACAUGCCGUCCAUACGAAUUGGAUUUGUUGCAGGAUGUUGCCAACGAAACCAGUGAUAUUUGCGAUUCCAGCGUGUUGAAGAAGAAAAUCGUCGUCACCUAUGGACAGAGCGUGCAUUUGGGUUGCUUCGUCAAAAUACCAGAGGUGCUGAAGAACGAGCAAGUUACCUGGUAUCAUCACUCCAAGGAUAAGGGGCGCUACGAAAUCAAGUACAGUCCCACCAAAUAUAUUGAGACCACUGAACGCGGUUUGGUUGUCGUAUCGGUGAAUGAAGCGGAUGGCGGUCGCUAUGAUUGCCAUUUGGGCGGCUCCUUAUUGUGCAGCUACAACAUCACCGUCGAUGCACACAGAUGCACUCCGCCAAACAAAAGCAACGAUUAUCAGAAAAUCUACUCGGACUGGUGCCACGAAUUUGAAAAAUACAAAACCGCCAUGAAAUCGUGGGAAAAGAAACAGGCGCAAUGCUCUUCGCGCCAGAACUUCAGCAACCAGCAUCCCAAUGAAGUUUUUCGUAAAAACAAUGUCUGAUAUCAAGAAAAUCAACUGCAACUAACUUCCAUAAAACUGCAUCUAUAAGAGGUAAAGAUUGAUCGCGAACAACUAAUGGCUAUCAACUGAGGAGUUGGCGAACUGAGCGGUUAAAAUUGACAUGUUAAGAGACUAACUAGCGACUGGUAAUAAAGAUGUAACGUGAGGAGCUUUCAUAUAUAGUAUGUCUAAUAUUAUGAAAGCUUGGCAACGGUGAAGAGGUUUAAAAUUGAGUACUAGAUAUGGCACCAAAGGGCGGCGUGCAUGAAAGCUUUUAAUAUUUUAAGUUCACAAGAUCGAGAAACAUCGAUACUACAUUAGAUACAUACUUAUAGACCAACAUUCAAGCGUUCAUGAAAAGUUAAAAAUUUAAUUAAUGACAUAAAACAGUUAUAAAAUAAAAUUUAACAAGCAUAAACAAAAUUGAAUACACUCAAGCAAUCGCAUUAUAGCUAAAAAAAUACAAAAUAUUAAGUUAAAAAAAUAACAAAAAAUUAAUACUGUAAGAUACUUAAAAUUAAUAAUAAACAACUUAAAAUGAACCAAACAAAAGCAGAUAAAAAACACAAAAACAACACAAACAUAAAGCAAGCAAAGCAAAAAUCUACAAAACCAACGAAAGUUCCCGCAUUGAAACAUGGUUGAAACACACACUUUGAAACAAGAACAUAAAAAUAAUUAAAGUAAAAAUAGCACAGGAUUACAAGCAUAAAGGCGAUCCUUAAAUGCGUAAAGCAAAAAAAGCUUAAACAGCCAUACAAAUACAAAAAAAAAAUGCAAUUAAAAAACACUCAUGCAUGCAUAGACCAGCAUAACAACAACAAACAGUAAAUAAAUCAUUUACACAAAUGAAAAAAUGUGAAGCGCAAUGCAAAAACAACAAAAGCACAAACAGAUUAUUGGUAAAACGAUAAAUACAAAAGCAACGCGGCUUAAUUUUUUCGCAAUAAAUAGGCGUUAAAUACAUAGGCUAAUAAAUAUUGACAGUAAAAACAAUAAUUAUACACAAAUUAAAUCAUGAAGAAGGCGGGAAAAAAGGCAAGCUGUGUAGCACAUGCAAUUGGCAACAAUUCAAAUUCAAUAAAAGGCAAUACAUUUUUUUGAAGAGACCGUAAACAAUUGGCGCCGAACUGAUAGCAUUAAGUUACCAUUUUUUACAAGCUCAUAAUUUUACAAUAACAACAGCAAGCAAAUCUAGCAGUUGAAACAAAGUUUAAAAGCAGGCGGUUUAAGCAAGAACAUAGCGGUAUAAGAAUGUAAGUAGAAUCAUGGUACUACAGAUUUUAGCUUUUGAGGUUAGAUUACAUUUUUCAAGAGUUUUCCAAUGCAUUAAUGGGUUAACUUAACUUUUAUAUUGUCAACACGAAUUACUCCUGAGCCUUUCUUAUAAAAUAUUAAAAAUGAAAGAAGCUUUUAUACAUACUUUUCUAUUCUCAAAUCGAGUUACAACUGAGCUUUUCGUAUAAAAGGUCACACAUUUUUAAACAUCAGUAUUCUAUUAAGUUAGUACAAGUGAUAGCGUCUGUUAGUUAGGAACCUUGAAAGAUUUUAUUCAAAAUUUCGAAGCUUAAAGCUUAGGUCAAAGUUUACAUUUUUUAUUUACUGUACAUACAUCUGUGUAUGAUACAAGUAAAAGCAUCUGUAACUUUUUGAGCCUUGAAAGCUUUUGCUCAAAAUUGUGAGCUUAAAGCUCAGGUCAGCACUCGAUCAGAACCCCACAUGUUAUUUGAUAUGAUCUUUGAUUAGUACAAGUAGCAGAGCUCGUAAUUUUAUCAACCUUGAAAGCUUUUGUUUAAAGUUCCGAAGCUUAAAGCUCAAAUCAGCACUUCACACGCCCCUACAUGUUAUUCUGUGUUUGAAACAAGUGAUAGCGCCUGUUACUUAAUGAUCUUUGAAAGCUUUUGCUUAAAAUUUCUCAGCUUAAGCUUUCUCAAAUCAGCACUCCAUAAGAGCGUAUAACUUGCUACACAUAUUUUUGUCUUAAAAAUUACGCUAAAAUACUGAUGUUAACACUCUUGUCUCAAUAUUCCAUCAAUAUCUAAAGCUUAAAUAAAGUUUUAAUAUCAGUCACGGACAAAUAUGAUAUUCUAUAACCUUAACGUAGUAAAUAUUAACACCACCUAUCUCUUUCGCAAUAAAUACAAUCAUGUUUCAAAUUUUUUUCAGCUAUAUUUAACGUUUUUGCUUAACGAAAAAUUAAGUUUGAAAAAAAAAAUAUUCUUGGCAAUUUGAUAUAUUUUAGAUUUUUGUUUAGAAAAAAGUCCGAAAGCUCUGAGUUGAAUAUUAUAGAAAGAGGCAGAGACGAAAUUGAUCGUGCAGUUUUCUAAAAACUUUUUGGUUUCUAAAAUAUAUGCAGUCAACCAUAAAAGCUUUUUUUAGAACUUAAAGUUCACUGAAUUAACUAUUUCAAGAGUACGUGGCAGAAAAAUAUCAUGCGAUUUUCUAAGUAAAUUGUAGGUGUAAUAGAAAAAAAUUUUUUUGGAGCUUAAAGCUUUACACGGUUCUCGAGAAAAACUGUGGUUAGCAAAAUUCUGUAAAUCUUGUACCAAAUUGGCAAUAAGUUAAAAAUUACAAAAAUGUUUUCUUGGAAUAUUAUUUACAGUUACAUAAAAGUUCACAUUAUCGAAAUAUAAUUCAGGUCACUCCAAAAGCGCUGCCUUAAACUUGUUCAGUUGUUGAUAUGAAAAGCUCUUAUGUAUUCUUUACUAAAUGUUUCGUAGAAACAAUUUAAUCUGCUGAAUAAAGGAACACUGAAAACUCUUGGGAAAAAGCUUAAAAUAUGCUCAAAGCUUAGACCAUAAACUUCAAGCGUUUGUAAGCUAUUACAAAUUCACUUUAAAUACAAAAAAUCGCAACGAAUUCAACAGUUUUAUUUUGCCCCUACGCUUGAAACUGCGUUGAAGGAAUAAUACUUUACAGGUUGUCCCAAAUUUAGAUUUACCGCUAUUUCAAUUAAUCUUCAGAGUUGACGAAGUUGAAACACUAUAAAGAUCAUAUUUUGUUUGAAAUUUUCAAACUGCGGCCGCGAAACUUUCAUUGCUUUUGAAAUAUUGAUCAAUAAUAAAAACACAUUGUUCUAUUGAGUAACGCUCCUUUUUUCUUAAGCCUAAACUGUCAGCCGUCGCUUUUUUUGGGGACACCUUGCAUUCAGUUCCAAUCUUGCGUUUACUUUUGGAAGCGCUUUAUACAAGUAUAUCACCAUGACUUUUUUUGAUUAAAAACACAUAAAUUUACCGCUUAAAAUACUCUAUCGCCAGCUCAAGUCUAUAACUAAAGCUCACAUACUAUAUAUCGUCACCUAAAAUGCAAAAUAACGUAUCAUCAUAUUUUAUAACGAAAACCCAAAUUUUGUUCCAAUAUGAGUAAUUUCUAUUAUAACGAUUUUCCUUCGCCUCUAAACUUUUGAAAAAUGAUGCUACGUUAUUUUGCAUUUUAGGUGACGAAAUACUCUUCAGACCGUUUGCGUUGCCUCUAAACUAAACUAUCUAUUUUCCUUUCAAUGAACUAGUAUUAAACAGAAUUUUGAAUAAAUGCAUGUGUAGACGAAAUCAUAAGAAAUAAAUUACGCGUAUUAAAAGUGAAAAUCGACAAGCAAUGUGAUGUUAAGUUUGAAUGCAUUUAACUAUUAUUGAGAGAAAAACAACUAUAACUAUGAGCAAUUUCGCUUGAAACCUAUGAAGUAUUUGCUACAUAAAAGUAAAAAAAAAACUAAUGAAAAUUUAACCAAUGCACCUUAAGUUACUCUAAUAUAUUUUUAAUCACAAAAUACAUACUUUAAACAUAUAAAAUAAAAUAAAACAUAAUCUAACAAAAGUAAAUGAAAAGUAGAAAAAUGCGCAAAAGCAACAGCAGUCCAUAGCUUUUAAGUCAAAGUGCAUUCGACUAUUUAAAUGGAAUGUUUAACAGCAAAAAGAACAAAAGGGAAUCAAUUCCUUUGGUCAUUUUAUAUAAUUUCUCAUGAAAACAUUUUUAGUUUUGCGUAAUAAAAAUUUAAUAAAUCAGUAAAUACUUGAAAGCGUAUUGCCUUUUUUAAAAUACGACAAAUUGCAAGAAGAAUUCCUAGCAAUGCAUUUACUUUUUAUUAAAACAAAGUAUUUCCACUAAAAUAACGCAAAAUCGAAAAGCAUAAUAUUAUUUUAAAAUCCUGCUCUUCACUUCAUCACACAUUUCUUGACUUGUUUGGGAACCACUCGUACUUAUCGUAAAUGUUUGUUGCAUUUUAUUCUCAUAAAAUCAAUCUAAAAGUUAUAUACAUACAUACAUAUCUGUUCGUACAUUUGUGUGUGCAUUUCUGUAGUUAAGUUAAAUUUUUGAUAGUACAUUGUAAUUUAAAGAUAAACAAAAAGCAAAACAAAAGAAAAUAAUUUUAAAUGCA